GACCUUCCUGCAGCCGCCGGCACGGUGGCCCAGCCCACGGCGAAGGAGCGCGGCUACUUGGCCUCCGCGGUUGCCGACGGGCAGCGGCCCCAGGCGCGGGAGUUCUCCACGGGCGCGGCGCUCGACAGCGACUGCCUGCUGCGCGGCGAGAACGGCGCGCUGCUGCACAAGCACUGCGGUCGUCCUGCCUGGCCUGCCGAGCUUCAGCUGCCCUCUCGCAUUCGGCAGCGCGCUGUUGAUCUUCCGGAGGUGAGCUGUCUGCUGGAGCGCGCGCUGCGGCCGGCGCCCCGCGACAUCUGCGCGCCGCCCAGGUCUGACAACCUGCCCUGGUUCGACGACUCCGACGGGGCCCUGCCAUCAGGCGAGCUGUUCUUGGACGGCUCCGCGUUCGAGGGCGAGUUCACGAGGUGCACCAGCGUGGGCUGGGCCGCGGUCGCGCCGAUGGCCUUCAUGGACAUCAACGGCGGCGACUUAAGCGCACUCCCCGCCGUGCUGCGGCACGCGGCGCCGCCCUUCACGGCCGUCGUCGACUCGAAGUUCGUAGUCUUGGGGUUCACGCAGGACGGGCGUGAACGCACGCGCUCGAACGUGUAUGCCUGGUCGCACCUGCGGCGCGAGGUGCGGCGGAUCCUCGACGACUUAGGCGGCCUCGGCGAAGGCGGGCUUUCGGCCAGAUGGGUCAAGGCCCAUUGCAGCUGCAAGCGAGUCCGCGAAGGCGUCGUGAGCUACAGGGACUGGUACGGCAACACGCUUGCCGACGAGGCGGCCAAGUCGGCGGCGGCGCAUGCCAGGCUAUCCCUCGCUGACCGCCUGAAGCUGAUGCAGAGCGAGCGCAUGGUGGAGGGCGUCGCGAUGUGGCUGUCGGCGGUGGGCGCGGCCGUGGUAGGCGACGACACGACGCACAGGAAGGGCAAGGCCAACCGCCCCGCUCUGCGACCUGCCGAGGCGCCGCCCCGCGCGCCGGCUUUGGCAUGCCAGCUGCGUGGCGCCAAGAGCAAACGGUGGUGUGCCGCGUGCAGGUGGCUGGAGCGCAAGUCGGAGUGCCCUGGCAGCAUC